GUUUAAACAUAUAAAGUCAAAUCGUUUUAUAGCCAUAUUAACAGGUAUUCAAGUUAUAAGGGCGUUAUGGAAGAUUUGGGAUGCUAUGGAUAGAAAAUGGACAGACUCGAUUGUUGUACUGAUUUCGCCUGCUGUUUAUAUCAGUUGCCUACUGACUAUAUUGAUUGCUACAACAAGUGUGGUUGUGACAUGGAGUGUUUAUCAUGUUCAUAUGCCUACACUUAAUGUGGGUUGGUGGCUAUUUUACUUGUUGACAAUCUGUAGUUUCUUGAAUGAUUGCGUCUAUCUUGGUAUAUCAAGCACAACGAAAGAACAGUUUAUUUCAGACUGUAUUUCGGAUGCUAUUGUUGCUUAUCAUCAAGGCUGUGGUAGUAGUGCAAACACAACUUCAUCUUGUCAAAAUAUAGUGCCUGUGCCUUCUAUAAGUGACUGCAAACAAUCAUGGGCAUUUGUGGUUAUUCAGUUCAGUAUUGUCACUAUUCUUGAUUUAGUCAUCAAUUUGAUAUUUGCCUACGUAUUGUAUCGGUUUAAAACACAAUGUCUUUAUUAAACUUGCUUUUCUAAUGUGUUUAAGAGGGCCAAUUCGCAUUCACGUACACGCUCUUGAGUAGUGACUUGAGAUGUCAUAAGAUAGACAACAUUACCAAGGGGUCUGGCAAACAAAUUGACGCCUGUUUCUUCAGUACCAUCAAAUCCAUUCUUAAAUGCACCUGAG